AGUGAUUCUGAUCUGAUGAAUCGCUUCUGUCCAGUUUGAAAGAAUCGUUUGCUAAAUGAAUCGUAGUUCAUUCAGUCGCUGGCUUUAGUUCGUUUGUGUCCGUGAGAAAACCAGAAAAGAGAAGCUCGACAACACCUGCGGAUGCCAUGGCUCUUUGGGUGUGUUGCCGCGGUAACCGCAGGGCUCUGCACAUGCUCAGUAGGAGUUUAGGGUACAGCAGCGGGUCACUCAGUGAGCUGAACGAACCCAACGGUCACUCGCACGCGCUGGUUUCACGCUCCGUCAUCGGCGCCUUUUUCCAGGAACCACCACUGCUCACCAACCCGUUUACCCAAGAUGCACUGCUCAGAGCCUACCUGCAGCGACAUCUACCUGUGCAGGAGGUUGAGGGAGAUCUCUUGCGUUUUGGCGAGCGGAUCGUCACUGAGAUCGACUCUUUGGGACGCCAGUGUGAGCUGAAUCCCCCUCGCCUGCAGCAGUAUGACGCCUGGGGCAGACGCGUGGACCGCAUCAUCACCUGUGACGCUUGGACACGGUUAAAACACAUAUCUGCACAGGAGGGCCUGGUGGCGUCUGGAUAUGAAAGGACGUAUGGAGAGUGGAGCCGCGUCUAUCAGAUGAGUAAGAUUUACCUGUUUGCACCGUCCUCUGGACUCUACACCUGCCCUCUGGCCAUGACUGACGGAGCUGCGAAGGUCAUCGAGUCUCUUGGUUUGCCUGUCACAGACGUGUUUGUGCGUCUGACGUCUCGUGAUGAGCAGGAGUUCUGGACAUCAGGGCAGUGGAUGACAGAGAGGAGAGGAGGAUCAGACGUCUCGACUGGAACGGAGACGGUUGCCAGGCGACAGCAGGACGGGUGCUUCAAGCUGUAUGGAUUUAAAUGGUUUACCUCGGCAACAGAUGCUGAUGUGACCCUGACGCUGGGCCGCAUAACAGACGUGCAUGGUCGCACAACACCGGGCAGCAGGGGUCUGUCUCUGUUUCUGGCUCAGGUGUGGGAUUCUCAUGGUUCCUCUAAUGGUGUUGAAGUUCAGAGGUUGAAGGACAAACUGGGCACCAGACAGCUGCCCACAGCAGAACUUCUGUUAGACGGCAUGAAAGCUCAGCUGGUGUCAGAGGAAGGAAGGGGCGUGGCCUCUAUUGCUAACAUGUUGACUAUAACUCGUAUUUAUAACACCGUGUGUGCUGUGGGCGCCAUGAGGAGGAUGACACAGCUGUGUCGGGAAUAUUCCUGUAAGCGCUCUGUGUUUGGUAAACUGCUGAAGGAUCAUCCACUGCACAUUCAAACGCUCAGCAGACUGGAGGUGGAGACUCGUGCUGCAUUUCUGCUCAUGAUGGAGGUUUGUCGUCUGCUGGGCCGAGAAGAGAACCAAACCUGCACAGAGAAGGACACACACCUGCUGCGACUGCUCACAACUGUAGCCAAACUGUACACGGGAAAACAGGCGUUAUGUGUUGUGUCGGAGGGUCUGGAGGCGUUUGGUGGUCAGGGAUACAUUGAGGACACUGGACAUCCAUCCAUGCUGCGCGACGCUCAGGUGUUGAGUAUUUGGGAAGGCACCACUAAUGUUUUGUCUUUAGAUGUUCUCCGUUCCAUUGAAAAGUCCUCUGGCUCAGUGCUCCAGGCAUUCUUCACUGACGUCAAAGAGCGUUUGCUCGCGGCCGGCUCGUCUUCAGCUCUGCGUCCGGCCGUCUCGUCUCUCCAGACGUCUCUCUCUGGUUUGAUGCGUUUCAUUCAGAGCGCCGCGACUCAACCCUCCGGCUGUCUGGAGCUCGCAGCAAGAGAUCUGUCGUACAGCCUCGCUCGCAUUUACAUGGGGGCUUUGUUAGUGGAUCAUGCAGUCUGGGAAAAUGCCAAACACACGGAUGUGUACGCGGCUUUGAGGUGGUGUGAACAGGAUUUAUGUCCAGUGGUCAGUCGGGACUCAACCGGUUGUUACGACCAGCAUGCAGUUGCCAUGGACACAGAGCUGGUGUAUGAUGGCCUGAAGCCCUAACACACGCGCGUGCCUGCAUCACGUCUCUCAUUCUGCUCGAGUUCAUGUGUGUUAAUGUCAAUUCAAGUGAAAUCUUAAUUCAUUUUAAAUUGAUUUCUUUAAGACUUUUUACAGUUUUGCAUUGUUGUAAAGCAGCCUUGCAGUAUAUACAGUAGAUAUUAGAACAAACAGUAGAUAUGGAAGAAAAGUGUAAAAAUAAGCAAGAAAUCAUAGAAAACAGAAUACAUAAAUAGAAAACAUGUUAUUAUGGCAAAUGUCUCUUGUAUUUCUUGUGUACAUAAAUGAGAUCAAAGUGAUAUCACACACACGUCUUCAUGAUCUUCACAUUAUAUCAGCAAAGGUCAAGUUUUCUCUGAUAUUCAGAGCUCUGACGUUUGCUUCAGAUGAUUCGUUUCUAAGCUCCAAGUUUAAAACGAACUAACAGAGAAGUCAAACUCACAGACGACCCUGCUUUACAUUUCCCACAAUGCAAUACAGCCCCUCUACCAUCAAAUGAAGAUGUUUCUCAAAAUCAGCUCCGUGUGCGUGCAUGUGUGUGUGUGCGUGUGUGUGCGUGUGCGCGAGACAGUGAUGCUGCUCAUGUUCUGUUAUACGAGCCACAUGAUCAAUAAAGCUUCAUUCUUAU